AUGGAGACCUACAUCGGCAGCAUAGUAGACAAGAUCCGCGAUCCGGCCUGGGAAUCCCAAGGUUCUACGGCUUCUGAAGUCAGUGCGGCUCAAGCCGCAGCCGAGGUGCCGAUUCCAAGUCCUGGUCGUCUUGACUGGAGUGAUGCAUAUGACGAGCAGCUGCAGGAAGAUGUAUUUCUGGGCAAGCUUGAGAUCAAGAAUACGUUUUACAACAUCCCUGUUGCUUCCUCCAUGACGGAGAUUCAUGUCACUCCAGACACCAACUGGAAGUCGGCUCCUGCCGCCUUGGUACAGAAAAAUUGGCGAACAAAGUUUCCCGAGAUGGAGGCCGCUCACAACCGCGGUGAGUGUAAGCCUUGCGCUUACUUCCUCUACAAGACGGAUGGCUGCAGGAACAGCGAAAACUGCCCGUACUGCCACCUGUGUCGAAAAGGGGAGAUCAAACGUCGGAAGCGCCAAAGGGCAAAGCAACUGAAAGCUGCAGCGGCCUCGGAGGCACAUCAAGCUGAUGAGUUGGACGGCUCAGACUGA